AUGAAAGCGAUAUAUAUCUCAGAAUACGUCGAGUCACCCUCCGACCUGCGGGUCACGAGCAUCCCCGGUCCAACACCGAGGCCCGACGAGGACGACGUCGUCACGGUGACGGUCACGCACAGCGCACUCAGCCACGUCGACCUCCUCUACGCGAGGGGCCUCCACCAGAACAACCACAGCGGGCUGGUGAAGCCGCCGUUCGUGCUCGGUCUGGAGUUCGCGGGGGUCGUCGCCUCGGCGCGACCGACCUCGGCGUUCAAGCCCGGCGACAAGGUCUGGGGCGCGAGCGUGGGAGCGUUCGCCGAGCAGAUUGCCGUCCCUGCAUCGGCCGUCCGCCGGGUGCCGACGGGCUGGACGUUGGCGGACGCCGCGGGCCUGGGGCCAGCGACCGCGCCCGUGAGUUACGGCGCGCUGGUGCGCGUCGCCCGAGUCACGAGGGGCCAGACGGUCCUCGUGCACGCCGCCGCCGGCGGGCUGGGCGUGUACGCGGUGCAGAUCGCGCUCGCCCUGGGUGCAAAGGUCGUGGCCACCGUGGGCAGCGAGGAAAAGGCGGAGGUGGUUCGCAGGGGCUACGGUGGUAGCCUCGGGGCCGCGGGGGCGGGUGCCGUACUCGGCGUCGUGCGGUACGACGUCGACUGGUGGGAGAAGGAGGUCUUGAAGAUCGUCCCUGCCGGCGUCGACGUCGUCUACGACACCGUCGGCCUGGUGGCGAAGAGCAUCCGGUGUCUCAAGUUCGGAGGGUCCGUCGUCGUCGCAGGCUUCGCGGGCCUGAACGGGAAAAUGGAAACACUCUCCAUGAACAGGGUGUUGCUCAAGGGUGCGAGGUUGUUGGGAUAUAGAUACGGAGAAACCGGACGACGGAACCCCAGCGAGACCGAGCAAGUGUGGAAGGGAUUGGACGCGAUGCUUGAAAGCGGGAGGGUCAAACCUGUCAUCUACAGGACGUAUCACGGUCUAGAAAGCGUGCCGAGAGCUCUGGACGAUCUGGCGUCGAGGAAAGUCUGGGGCAAGGCCGUCGUCGAGAUCCAGCCGGCUCCCCCGUCCGUUGGUGCAAAGUUGUAA